AUGUCUGGACGUGGAAAGGGAGGAAAGGGACUCGGAAAAGGAGGAGCCAAGCGCCAUCGCAAGGUCCUCAGGGAUAACAUCCAGGGUAUCACCAAGCCCGCCAUCCGUCGUCUCGCUCGUCGUGGUGGUGUGAAGAGAAUCUCCGGCCUGAUUUACGAGGAAACCCGUGGUGUUCUGAAGGUAUUCUUGGAGAAUGUGAUCCGUGAUGCCGUUACCUACUGUGAGCACGCCAAGAGAAAGACCGUCACCGCCAUGGAUGUGGUAUACGCUCUGAAGCGCCAAGGCAGAACCCUCUACGGAUUCGGUGGAUAA